AUGAUGAUGACGUGCCGUCUGCUGUGCGCCCUGUUGGUGCUUGCCCUGUGCUGCUGCCCGUCCGCGUGCGCGACGAAGGGUAGCGGAGAACAAGAUGAGGACAACUCCAGUUCAUCACCUUCUCAGCCACCGGAAGCAGGUGGUGCAGGGCCAGCAAAUGAUUCCACGACGCCAAUUUUAACAGCUCCGGCUGUCACGUUACCGGGAACCCAAAGUCAGGACGGUCAGGAAGCCGCUUCGCCAGGGAGUGCAGGUACAGAAGCUCCGGUGCCUAUUUCAAAAGCGAAACCAGAUGGGUCCGAUGGGACAGGGUCUUCAGGUGGGUCCGUUAACCCAAAUACAUCGUCAAGUUCCGUGACCGCUUCUGUAUCGGCACAAAGUCAGAAGGAAAAUGCGCCAACAACAACCACUACAACAAAGGCACCAACCACGACGACUACUACUACAACCACCACCACUACGACUACGGAGGCGCCAACUACAACCACGACGACCACCCGCGCACCGUCACGUCUUCGCGAAAUCGACGGCAGCCUCAGCAGCUCUGCGUGGGUGUGUGCCCCGCUUGUGCUUGCCGCAUCCGCGCUGGCGUACACCACUGUGGGCUGA